GAAUAUUUACAUCGGAUUGUGUAUCAGUUGAAUAUCUUUUCCGUUGGAUUGUAUUUCCGGUGUUUCUGUUUUCAUUCUUGUAUUACUGAUUCUAAUGAUAAAUUACUUUUCUGACUGAAAUCAAAUGUGUAGUUAUUUGUUAUUAUGCAUUACAAUCACUAUUUCUUUCGUGAACGCUCAAAAACAAGAAGGCUAUAAACUCGAUCCACUAACAUCGUACGUAAUUCUUGCACCGAAUCGCAUCAGAGCGAAUGAACUUGUACAAAUCAGUGUAUCCAUAUUUGAAUUACUCUACGAACAGCUAACAAUACGAUUGGCCAUUAAAGUUAAUUCAACUGAAAUUAUAUCUAGUCGAGAAGUAUUUAAAUCUCCUGGGACGAGAAUUAUGCAAUUAAAAGUACCCAAUUAUGCUCGAACUGGGACGUACUGGUUACAUGUUGAAGGUUCUAUUGUAUCCAAUACUUCAAUUUUAUUUUCAAAUCUCACAAAACUAACAUUUUCUGAACAAUCUGAAUCAAUCUUUAUACAUGUUAGUAAACCAAUAUACCAUCAAAGCCAAAUAGUCAGAUUUCGUGUUAUUCCAAUGCUUCCAGACUUAACUCCUGCCUAUGGUUCUCUGGUUAGUAUUGAUGUACUUGAUGCAUCAGGGAAUUUAUUUAAACGAUGGUUAAAUCCAAUGACAAAUAUUGGAGGUAUAAUUGAAUUAGAUUUUCCAUUAUCCGAUCAAGUUCAUGAAGGUGUUUGGUUAAUACGUGCUAAUCAUGAAAGAUUUUCAGCUGAAAAAACAUUCCAAGUUAAAGAAUAUUGGCGACCUUUAUGGGAUGUAAAUGUAACUCUUCCACUUAGAAUAACUGAUAAUCAACUUGGCCUUUAUGGUUUAAUAUCUGCGAAUUAUACUAGUGGAAAAGCUGUUAAAGGCAAUGCUACCGUAUUAAUUCAACUAAGGAAAUCGGGAGCUGAUCGUUGGACUAACCCACCUCGAGCUGAAUUCAGACGUUACUUAUUAGCAUUAGAUGGUAUUGGAGAUUUUCUACUACCUAUGUCUGAAAUACGUCAAGCUAUAAGUAGUUCUACAACAGAUUCUUCUUUAGCUAAUACAGAAAUUUGGGUAAAUGUAACCUAUUUUAAUUGGUGGGAAAAAACUCAUCGAACUGGUUGGGCAUUUACAAAAGUAUAUUCUUCUAAUCCAUUGAUUAAAUUUCUUGGCGGUAUGGUUCGACCUUUUAAACCUAAUAUGUAUUUCACUGUUUACUUGGUUGUUUAUAUGGCAGAUGGUAGUAUGGUAAAAUAUAGUGGAAAUCGUAAAGUUACACUCUCAUUCUAUUGUCUUGAUAAUACUUUUGAAAAACAAAUCACUCUACCUAUAUCAGAUGAUGGUGUAAUACGUUAUACUUAUAGACCAACUGGAGAUGGUUGUAUCACUUAUAGAUUAGAAGCUAGGUACAUUGACGAAACAGAUCGAAUUUUAUCAAAUGAUCAACAACGUUUAUUUGCUGUGAACUCUUAUUCCGGUGCAUAUUUACAGUUAUCAACAUCAACUUUUUCACCUAAAGUAAAUGAAUAUAUGGUUAUACAUGUACAAACUAAUUAUCCUACUGAUAAAAUACAUUAUGUGGUUGUUUCUAACGGAAAUAUUUUAGCAACUGAUCAAUUACGUAUGCCAAAUGCAGUUACAUCACGUACAUUUUCAAUUGCUGUAUCACGUUACAUGUUUCCAAUAUCACAUAUUGUGGCAUAUUUUAUUAAAGACAAUAGUGAAAUUGUAUCAGAUUCAUUGACAUUUUAUGCGAAUUAUACACAUUUGAAUAAUGUACAAAUGCAAGUUAAUCGUGGAAAAGAUUUAAAUCAAGAUACAUUAGAAAUCAGAGGUUAUGCUAAACCUGGAUCUUAUAUAGCAUUCAGCGUAAUGCAUGCUGAUUUGUACGCUAUUGGCGGUGCUUCAUUUCUACGAGAAUAUGAUAUUGUCGAUGAAUUAAUGACAUAUGAACAACAUAGUCAAGCACCAUUGGUUCAUACAUGGUAUGAAGAUUUUAAAGAUAUUAAACGUAUCUAUUUACCGACAUCCAGUAAUGGAGCAGAUACCAAUAGUACAAUGAAUUCAUCCGGUUUAAUUAUAUUCACUGAUGCUAAUUUCACUAAAGCGAAUUUUUAUCAUACAUGUAAUGAAACUGAGAACCCUGCACGUGCCUUACCAUGCUACUCUCUUACUGGUCGAGAUUGUUAUUCAAGAAGUGAACGAUGUGAUGGGAUCAAUCAAUGUGCUACUUGGAUUGAUGAAAUGGACUGUCCAGAAAAUGAAACUAAAAAUCCUCAACCAUUACGUUUAAUAAAUACAUUUGAUAUAUUAAAUCGUCAAUGGAAUGAUGGUGCUUGGUUAUGGCAUAGUACAUUUGUCAAAGCUGAUGGACAAAUUCAAUUUCGGGUUGAUCUACCAAAAAUGAAUGCUGACUGGGUAGCUGGUGCAUUUUCAGUUGACAGUGAAUUAGGUUUAGCUUUAAUGCAACAACCUUACUUAUUUUCUGGUACAAGACGAUUUUAUAUGACAGUUGAACUACCUGAAGAAGCUGUCUGGGGUGAACAAAUCGGUGUUCGUGCUUGUCUUUUUAAUAAUUGGAACUAUUGGAUUGAGGCCUUAGUAGAAGUAAAACCAAGUCCUGAUUUACGUAUUAUUCAAGUUGGAUUAGAAGGACGUGUAUCAGCAUAUGCACCAGAAGUAUCUAUAAAUAAAGCUGUCCAAUCAUUAGCUUAUUUAGAAGCUGGUACUUCUCGUUAUAUUUAUAUGCCAGUCUCGCCGAAACUACCUGGGAAUACUUCAUUUACAAUAUGUGCAUAUAGUUUUAUCGGUUCCAAUUGUGAAACACAUACAAUAUAUGUUCGUAUGAAUGGUGUAACAAAUUACUAUCAUACUGCAAGUUUCUUAGAUUUAACAAGUUCCAGUACAUUAUUUGUAAAUAAUUUCAAAAUUAUUGUUCCACAAAAAUUUACUAUACCAGAAAGACGUCUACAUCGCUUUGUACCUGGAUCACAGAAAGCUAUUCUUAGUGUAGUUGGUGAUUUUAUCGGUCCAGCUUUAAGUGAAAAAUUUCAAUAUGCUGAUACACAAAAUAUUUUACGUCUACCUUUUGCAGCAGCAGAGAAUAUUUUCUUUGAAUUAGGCUACAAUAUGAAUUUGCUGCUUUAUUUACAUGGUGCUGGACACUUACCAUAUUCAGUAUUAGAAAAUGGAUUAAUUUAUUGUUCUGUUGUAUUACAAAAAGGAUUUUCAUAUUUCAAUCCGAAAAUUGGUGCAUUUUCUAAUUUUAGAGACCGUUUAGAUGAAACUGAUCCACUAGUUACAGCCAUUGCAUUAUGGAGUUUACUAUUAACGAGGCAAACUCAAUGGAAUCGUUUGAUUUACGUAGAUGAUAAUACAUUUGUUAGUAUUAUUAAUUAUUUAAAACAAACACAACAAUUCAGUUCAUAUGAUAAUGAUAUAACUAAUCAAACAAUAGUUGAUAUUCGAUUAUCUGGUAGUUGGAAUAUUUCUAAUGUUAUAGAUAGACGAUUUUCUCCUAUAAUUAAUAAAACUAAAUGGCCUGAUUUAAUUGAUCAGGAAUGUCAUCGUCGAAUACCAUCAACAGCUAUGGUUAUUAUUGCAUUACGUUCAACUGAACGUACUUUGCCUAGUGGAGUUGGUGCAGAUAAAGCUGAAAGAAUUGUUUCUGAAGCUGUUAAAUUUCUUAGUCGGCAUAUAUUAAAUGUUGAUGAUUUAUUUUCACAAAUGAUUGGUACAUAUGCUUUGAAAGUUGCUGUCGAUGCAACAUCACAACAUAAAAUAUCACAUGCAUUGAAACGAAUUGAAGCAUUUCGUCAAAAAGGUGAUUAUGUCUACUAUGCUAAUUAUAGAAUACCUCCACCAAAAUGGGAAUUAGAUCAAGCUGGUAGACGUAUUGAAAAUCCUCGUUUAGAAAUGCCUAAUGAUGGUUAUGGUGUUUUAUGUUCAAGUAUUUAUUUCUUGUUAAAACAUGAAUUAGGUGAAUGGUCAUUUCGUUCAUCUGAGGCAUUAGACAUGGUUCAUUGGUUAGCUAGUGAACGAAAUCAUGUCGCUGGAUUUGCAAGUACUUUUGAUUCACUUUUCGCAAUGCAUGCAUUAAGAAAAUUUGCACUGGCUGAUACAAAUCGUGCUUUAUAUAGAAUGGCUAUAGAUGAGAAAAUUUCUUCAAUGAGUACAUGGACAAAUCGUAUUUACAUAGAUACUCACAAUUAUUCAACUGUUACGCAUACAACGUUUCCAUCAGAUAAUGUAUGGGGUGAUAUUACAAUGAAAUUAGAAGGUACCGGACGUGUUCUAUUACAAUUAGAUGCAGAAGUCAAUGUAGAAUAUAAAGAAAUGCAAAAAAUGCCUAAAAAUCCAUUAGAUACAGAACAAGUAUAUAGAAGUUUUGAAAUUGAAUGUACACCUGGUUUUUUAAGUCGUAAUAAUUCUAUUAUGAUUAUGACUGCAUGUGGAAGAUGGGUUGGAACUACGGGUAUUGAACCAUUACCUCAAAGUGGGAUGGCUGUAUUUGAAAUUGGACUACCAACAGGUUUCAUAGUUUUAAAUGAUGAUCUAAGACGAUAUGUAAAUAGUCUUAUGGUUCCAAAUCUACGCUAUGCACGUGCCAAUUCUAGAUAUGUACAUUUCUUUUUUGAUACAAUUACACCGGAUAAAACAUGCGUACAGUUUACAGCUGAACGUUACUAUCCAGUGGCGAAUAUAACACAGCAGCACAGAUGCUCAGCUUAUGAAUAUUAUGAACCAGGUCGUUAUAAUAAUUCAUUAUAUAAUGUUGUUUCAUUAUAUACAAAUAAUAUCUGUAAUGUAUGUGGUAGUUUCGCUUGUCCAUAUUGUCCUGAUUAUAAUUUAUCUAAGAAACGUAUUAAAUUAUCAAUGUCUAUGAUUUGUUUAAUGUUUUUAAUAAGAUGGAUAUUAUUCUAUAUAUUCAAUGUUCACAAUUGAUAAUGACAUGAUUUGAAAUGAUGUAUUGUAAUUUAAUGUUACUUACAUACUUACAUACUUAAGUCUGUUACUCCCAAUGAAGCAUUGUAAUUUGACGUUACUUACUUACUUACUUAACCCUGUUACUCUCAAUAGACCAUUGUAAUUUGAUUAUGCUUACGCCUGUUACUCCCCAUGGAGCAUUGUAAUUUGAUGUUACUUACUUACUUACUUACUUACGCCUGUUACUCCCAAUGGAGCAUUGUAAUUAGAUGAUAGGAAUAUUUUUAUUUUCAUAUAUAUUCAAAGUAUGAUCCAUUCUACUCCUCAUGUUAAACAAUUAGACAUUAUAAUUUACAUCCAAGUGGAUAGUUCAAACCAAUUAGAAUAGUAGAAUACGAUAAUAGAACUAUCAUUGACAAAUGAUGAAUAUCAGAAGGGGUUUUGUGGAUAUUAUAGUAAUUUCAAUGGUUGAGAUCAUGAGUCAGUUGAAGCUGAUGAAUAGAUAAAAUCCCAUACUUGAAUGUUUACAAGUUUUAUUAGGGGUUAAUUGAUUUCUUUUCUUCCUUACACGAACAGUAUCAAUGUCAAGUUAUUGGAUCAUUAUAGGUUUUUAUUGAAUAAAUGAUUUCCUAAUUUAUAGAAAUCAUCUAGUGUUUUACUACUACUCUUUUUUCUUGCAUAAAUCUUUUGUGUAAAGAUAUAUAUAUAUACUUUCUCUGAUCAUCCUUUCACUUCACUUUUCCUUCAUUACUUACACUUACAUAUCAAUAUGAAAUGCUUAUAUUCAAUGAAUACAAUAAAAUCCUAUUUCGUUCAAUGUUAAACAUAAGGUUGAUUUCUUAUAACCUGUUUUCAGCUCCCUCUAUUUUUUCUUCAAAGAGUAAGAAAAAAACAAUAACCAAGUAAUGUGAAGACAUUUUGUUCAUAUGUACAUGUGUGUAUGUAUAUAUACAUACAUGCACUAAAUUGUAAUAGUUCCAAUUCUUUUGUUUUGUUUGCUUCUUUCAUUCAACUGCAUUUUUCUAUAUUCAGGAUAAGAUAGUUACUGUUUUUGUAUAGAUAAGCAAAUGUAGGGGAAAAAAUACAUAUUUUUUUGGUUGUAACUUGGAUUUUCACAGUUGAAUUGACGAGUAAAUUUAAACUGGACAACCAUUGAAA